AUGGUGUGCUCCACAGUGGCCGUUCCCUCCUUCAGUCUCUCUCACUGUCUAAAUCAGUGUCUCUGCUCCAUCCCUGUAAGCAAAGAGCUUACAGCUUACCGGAGCCACCAGGAGAAAAAAGAAUUCCGGAAGAAGAAUGGGAUAAAUACAUCAUACCUGCCAAAUCAGAGUCUGAAAAGUACAAAGUGAGCCGAACGUUCAGCUUCCUCAUGAAUAGGAUGACUAGCCCUCGGAAUAAAUCAAAGACAAAAAGCAAGGAUGCCAAAGACAAAGAGAAACUGAGUCGACAUCAGUUUGUCCCUGGGACAUUCUCUGGGGUUCUACAGUGUUUGGUUUGUGAUAAAACGCUCCUAGGGAAAGAGUCGUUCCAGUGUUCCAACUGUAAUGCAAAUGUGCAUAAGGGUUGUAAAGACGCUGCACCUCCAUGUACCAAGAAAUUCCAAGAGAAAUAUAACAAGAACAAAUCGCAGACCAUCCUUGGAAAUUCUUCAUUUAGAGACAUCCCACUGCCAGGUCUCUCCUUGCACCCUUCUUCCUCCAUGCCUAUUGGAUUGCCGACUGGGAGGAAGGAGACUACAGGGCAGGUCCAUCCAUUGUCCAGAAGUGUUCCAGGUACCACCCUGGAAAGCUUCAGGAGGUCGGGGACAUCCCUGGAGUCUGAGAGUGACGGGAACGCCUGGAGAAGCAGGUCUCAUUCUGAUGAGCUGUUACAGUCCAUGGGCUCAUCUCCCUCCACGGAUUCUUUCUUAAUGGAAGAUGUUGUGGAUUCUUCUCUGUGGAGUGACCUCAGCAGUGAUGCCCAGGAGUUUGAAGCAGAAUCGUGGAGUCUUGUGGUGGACCCCUCAUUUUGUAGCAGGCAGGAGAAAGAUGUCAUCAAAAGACAGGAUGUCAUUUUUGAGCUAAUGCAAACAGAAAUGCAUCAUAUUCAGACCCUGUUCAUCAUGUCUGAGAUCUUCAGGAAAGGAAUGAAAGAGGAGCUGCAGCUUGACCACAGCACCGUGGAUAAAAUCUUCCCCUGUUUAGAUGAGUUACUUGAAAUUCAUAGGCAUUUCUUCUAUAGCAUGAAGGAGCGAAGACAGGAAUCCUGUGCUGACAAUGACAAGAAUUUCAUCAUCAACCGAAUUGGAGAUAUUCUAGUACAACAGUUUUCAGAAGAAAAUGCAAAUAAAAUGAAGAAAAUAUAUGGAGAAUUCUGUAGCCAUCACAAAGAAGCUGUUAGCCUCUUUAAAGAACUCCAGCAGAAUAAAAAGUUUCAGAAUUUUAUUAAGCUCCGCAAUAGUAAUCUUUUGGCUCGACGCCGAGGAAUUCCAGAAUGCAUUCUGCUGGUCACUCAGCGCAUCACAAAGUACCCUGUCUUGGUGGAAAGGAUAUUGCAGUACACGAAGGAAAGAACUGAAGAACAUAAAGACUUAUGCAAAGCUCUUUGCUUAAUUAAGGACAUGAUUGCAGCAGUGGAUUUAAAAGUCAGCGAAUAUGAAAAAGAACAAAAAUGGCUUGAGAUCCUAAGUAAGAUCGAAAACAAAACAUACACAAAACUCAAGAACGGCCAUGUGUUUAGGAAGCAGGCACUCAUAAGCAAAGAAAGGACUCUAUUAUACGAUGGCCUUGUUUUUUGGAAAACUGCUACUGGCCGUUUCAAAGAUAUCCUAGCUCUGCUUCUAACUGAUGUGCUGCUGUUUUUACAAGAAAAAGACCAGAAAUACAUCUUUGCAGCUGUUGAUCAGAAGCCAUCCGUUAUUUCUCUUCAGAAGCUUAUUGCUAGAGAAGUUGCUAAUGAGGAGAGAGGCAUGUUUCUGAUCAGUGCUUCAUCUGCUGGUCCUGAAAUGUACGAAAUUCAUACCAAUUCCAAGGAGGAACGAAAUAACUGGAUGAGACGGAUUCAACAGGCAGUCGAGAGCUGCCCAGAAGAAGAAGGGGGAAGGACAAGUGAAUCUGAUGAAGAGAGGCGGAAAGCUGAAGCUAGAGUGGCCAAAAUUCAGCAAUGCCAAGAAAUACUCAGUAAUCAAGACCAACAGAUUUGUACAUAUUUGGAGGAGAAAUUGCAUAUCUAUGCUGAACUUGGAGAACUGAGUGGAUUUGAGGAUGUAUAUCUAGAGCCCCACCUCCUCAUUAAGCCUGACCCAGGAGAGCCUCCCCAGGCAGCCUCAUUACUGGCAGCAGCACUGAAAGAAGCUGAGAGCCUACAAGUUGCCGUGAAGGCCUCCUCCCAGGUGGGGGAGGCAUGUCCAUCAUCCGAGGAAGGGUGUGCAGAAGCAGCCCUGACAGAUCUGCUCAGUCCCAGUGACGUGCCAGGAUCGCCUACUGCUUCACUAGUCACAGAAGGGACAGGAGGAAGAGGCUGUUGGGAUGUGGAUCCCGGGACCCAGGGUAUGGGAGCCGACUUGGCAGUCUCUGAUGCAGGGGAGAAGGUGGAUUAUAGAAGUUUUCCAGGUUCUUCACAGUCGGAGAUUAUACAAGCGAUACAGAAUUUAACCCGUCUCUUAUAUAGCCUUCAGGCUGCCUUGACCAUUCAGGAUAGCCACAUCGAGAUCCAUAAGCUGGUUCUCCAACAGCAGGAGAGCCUGUCCCCUGGCGCCACUUUCCGAGGCAGCCCCUUUCAGGACCAGGAGAAGUACCGCCACCUGGAGAAACGGCGUGAGGAGCUGCUCAACAUCCACAAGCUCCAACACCAGUUCCAGCAGGACCAGCGGCGCUGGCACCGCAGGUGUGACCAGCAGCAGAAGGAGCAGGAGGCCAAGGAGAGCUGGCUGCAGGAGCGCGAGAGGGAGUGCCAGUCCCAGGAGGAACUGCUGCUCCGGAACCGUGGGGAGCUGGACCAGCAGCUGCAGGAGUACCAGCAGAACCUGGAGCGGCUGAGGGAGGGCCAGCGCCUGGUGGAGAGGGAGAGGGAGAGGAUGCGGGCCCAGCAGAGCCUGCUGUGCCGCUGGAAACACAGCCGGCAGAGUAGCCUUCCCGCAGCGUUUUCUCCAGGAAGCACGGAGGUGAUGGAACUUAAUCGAUCUGAGAGUUUAUGUUACGAGGAUUCAUUCUUCAUCAAUGAAGCUUUAGCACAAAUGUCAUUUAACACUUGCAACAAGCCGACGCCAUCGGGUAUCCAUCAGGACGCCACUUACCCUCUCAAUAUAUCUAAUUCUGAUUUGGUAAGGACUAGUGAAAAUCAAGUAGACCUCAAGACGGAUGUUUCUCAGCCAUUGGGAGUCAACCAUGAACUGUGGACAGCUGCUGAGUCCUGUCAUCAGACACCCCCUCUCCACCAAAGCAGCGAGGAUUCUUGUAAAAAUGAUUUGGACAUCUCUGAGACUGAGUCCCCAAGUCCCCAUGACUCAGAUCCACAUGGCCCUCAGCUGCAGACGUUUAUAGCAGAAGCAAAGCUAAAUCUACAGACAUUGACAACAGAAGAUGGAGAAACAGGAGAUGGAGCUGAAGAAAAUAUUGUUUACCUCUAAUUGUAUUGUCAUUAUUUUUCCAAGCAAAACAAAACACUGGCAUUUUGGGGAGAAUAUUUUUCCUUUCCUGAUGUGUGUGUGUGACUGUGCCCAAAUUGCUUUAAGAGUAAUAUUUAAUAUUUCAUGCAAGUUCCUUUUUUGGGCUUGAGUCUAAUAAUUAAAUUAUUGAAAGCAGCUCUGUUUGUAUUAUCGUUAAUUUAUCACACCUAAUUUUAGAUUUCUGGAGGAGAAAUUAAUUUGAAUAAGCAGAAAUAUUUUCAGAGUUAUGACUCUAGUGUAAAAUUCUGCAUUGUAUUUUUUACUGGAUUAUCUGUUUGUUGAAAUGCCUUUUAAGACCUAGAAGAAGCAAUUUGGAUGGAAAGAAUGAUAUUCCUGAUGGGCAAACCUCGCAAUCACAAAAGCUGAUUAUGGCGAGUGGCCUCAGUGCCCCCAAAGGCAGAGGAGGAUACGGGAAGGGAAAGGCCUUUUCUUGGUUAGUUUUUACGUGCUAAUUUCUCUUUGGAACAUCAAAGGGAUUGCUCCUGGUAGUGAUCUGUCAUAAUCAUCAUGCAACCCAUGUGUCCUGUCUGGACACUGUUCUGACCAGGAGGCCACUCACUCUGCUGUGGACACAAUCUAGACUCUCACGAACUGGGCCACAUACUUUGCAGCUGCACUUUUUCAGUCCUAAUGCUGGUUGUCUUUCAAGUCACAGUUCAGCGUCAUCUUUCAAGAGAGCUCAGGGGCAAAGCCCCAGCAAGUCAAUUUCUAUGUAAAUAGUGAAACUUCCUGUAGUGCCCUCGCUUCUUUCAGCUGGCCCUGUCCCUGCCAGCCCUGGGAGCACCAACAACUACCGCUCGCUAGAAGGAUCUCUGCCGUGAAGUUCUUUAAGGACAAAAACCGCUCUCUCGGCAAAGCUUACCGCCAGUAUGUGCUUUUCCACAAGGGAAAACUGGCACACCCUGCCUUCAGCGUGAUAUGGGUCUCCGUGUGAGAAAAUAAACCAGGAAAUGUUUUCAGCUUGUUCUUCAGAAAUACUUGUAUAUGUUUCAAUCAGUGUCAAUAAACAUCUUUUACCUGUC